AUGACUCCAAGUUCUUCUACUGCUCCCCUGCCUCCUAGGUCUGCUGCUAGUGCUGUUGCUUCUCGACCUCCACUCACUCAAGCUGCGAUACUACGGAUAGGGCAUCUAGCCCAUUUUACUGAUAGACGUGCCUCCGGGCUUGAGGCUACAGUCCCUGAGAUGGUUGAGAGGGCCCUUAUUGCUGUUGUGACACCUUUAGGUGUGUGUAUUGAUGCCCUUGCGACAAUGAUAGUGAUGUGUGAGCGAGGCCAGGGGGCCACUGAUGAGGUGACGACCCUAAAGGCCGCAAUUGCUGAGUUGAGGAAAGACGUAGACCAGCUGAAGUCCACAGAUAUGUCUAUGAUUUUUGGGACUAUGGAGAUCCCCGAUAUACCAGCUAACUGUGAUGUGCCUUCGGCUACCACCAGAGAUGUGGUUUGA